AUGGCGUGCCUGGUACCAUGGGUGGCCGUGGGGUCCAUGAAGGGCAUGGCAUCGCCUGGUACAUGGCCGGGCGGAGCGGGUGGGGAGAGCCGGGAGACCGCGUAUGGGUCAGAGGAGAGCAAGAGGGGAGCGGAGUGGGCGGGCGUGCCGUGCAUGAGGCUGCUUGGAUUCAUCAUCAUCCUCCUGAUCAUUGCAGCCGUUGCCUCGAUGGCAGUGAACGCGACAGGCUCUAAAGCAGAAGACCCCUUGUCGUACACGACGGGCAUUGCAAUUUUCGUGAUCGUCCUUCUCAAUGCAGGGAUCGCUGCUUGGACCGAGCACAAAGCCGGAGACGCGCUGGAGGCGCUCUCCAAGAUGACCCAAGCAUCAAUCUAUGUGGUUCGAGAUGGGCAGGAAGUCCAGAUUCCCACCAACCACGUGGUUCGCGGCGACGUGGUUGUGCUGGGCACGGGCGACGUCGUCCCAGCGGACAUGCGCUUAGCAGAGUCGGAGGACCUGAAGGUCAGCGAAAUGGCGCUUACAGGCGAGCCCGAUGAUGUUUCCAAGACAUGGAAGCUGAAGCCUAAAAAGGAGGGCGAACCGGAAAAGUUGACACCCGAAGUGUGCGUGUUCUCGGGCUGCAACGUGACGAAUGGCAAGGGCCGGGGCAUUGUCACAGCUACCGGCAUGGGUACCCGCAUCGGUCGUAUUGCGCAGCUCAUCGCUGGCGAGGAGGGUCCCAAGAAGAAGUGCUUCUGCCUGCCCGACACCUCCGCGAACCAGACGCCGCUCCAAAGGAAUCUCGAGCAGCUGGGUGCCAAGAUCGGAAUCCUGGCCAUCGUGGUCUGUGUGGUCGUUUUCAUCAUUGGUGUGGUCUUGCAGCGCCGGGACCUAGACUCGCCAGACAGCCCACCCGCGUUGUACAUGGUGCUCAUUGCCGUGACGCUGGCCGUGGCAGCCAUCCCUGAGGGCAUCCCGCUGUGCGUGACCAUCUCCCUCUCCAUUGGCUGCAGCGACAUGGUGAAGCAGCAUGUCUUGGUCCGCAAGCUCGCUGCCGUUGAGACCCUGGGCUCAGCGUCGGUGAUCUGCAGCGACAAGACGGGCACCCUCACAGAGGGCCACAUGACAGGAAGUUUGAACGUUCAGGGUUCAGGGAUGAGGGUUCCGGGUGGACUGGUGGUAGUGAUGGGGUCGUAA